AUGACAGCGAGCGGUGUGGGACUCGUGCAAGGAGGAACGGUCAACCACCGUAGCACUGAACUAUCUAGCACUGCCAGUUUAGUACAGCAGCCAGGAUCUAAUGAAGCAUCAGCACCUCCUCUACCUGCUCCAAGAACUACAGCGAGCGGUGUGGGACUCAUGCAGCAGGACACGCUAUCUGCUCUAUCUUGCGCAGCUUGGGGUCCAGGUCCUGUGGGGGGUGGUAUCGAAGAGAGUGGGUCUGCUGUGAGCACUCUGAGCGGUAGUAGAGGCAGUGGUGUCGGCGUCAGCGUCGGCGGUAACGUUCUUGGGUGGGGCGGUAGCCAAGCAGGGGGGGCUGGUCCCGCUGCUGCAGUGAGCGGUCGCGCGAAGGGUGGUGUCGGCGGCCGAGUCCCUGUGCGGAGCGGUGUGCAACCCUCACCAGGAACGGGAGUUGGUGCCCUUAACGCCAACGGCGGCAGAGGAGGUGGCAGACCUGCGCGCACUCUGAGCGGUGGUAGAGGUGGUGGUGCCGGCGUCGGCGGCCAACGCCCUGGGCGGGGCGGUAGCCAAGCAGGGGGGGCUGGUCCCGCUGCACCAGCGAAUGGCCGCGGGAGAGGCGGUGUGCAACCCUCACCAGGAACGGGAGUUGGUGCCGUUAAUGCCAGCGGUGGCAGAGGAGUCGGCAGACCUGCGCGGACAAGGACCACACUAAACCGCCGGUGCUCCGUGUGUUGUGCAUUGCCUUCAUACGGAAACCAGAAAAAGACUCUGCCUGGAGGAUAGGUGCCCGCGAUGGGCGUGUAGGGCGCGCUGCUACCACGGGUUCAACAAGGAUCUCCAACAGAAGUGCUGCGAGUGUCACAAAAGCAUCAAGACGUGGUGCGAGUGCAAAAGCUGCUCAAGGAAAACAUGGGCGGUGCCACCAGCCAACGGGGUAUCAAGGGGUACGGGUUUGGUCGCCGGAUAAGGGGGCGGUAGAGGACGAGGAGCUCCGCGGCAUGUACCCGUGAGCGUGAUUCGCUUGCCUGCAGCGGAUAGUGCUGUAAAC